CUCCAAAUUCCACCAAAAAGAAACCCAUCUACCAAAAAAAUCCCAAUAGAAACCCUUAUAUUUUCAUCUGCUUUUUCCAUUCUUUGAGUUGGGUGCUAUUAAAGUUGAUCAGUGGUCCAAAUGGAGGAAGCAGACGGUUCCAGUGGAUUGUGUGACAAAAACCGGAAAAGGUUACAUGCUGAUGAAGGAAGUGGGCACAGCCAUGCAGCAGUCGAUUCUGGUUGGCAUUGUGAAACUAAUUUGCGAGGCCAAGAAACUAGUUUUAUGGUUGUAGGUCGGUCUGAUCCCUUGUCCAUCAACAAUUUGGCAAAAGAUUUGGAUGCUGGCAAUUUUGGAAGCGUAAGUAAAUAUAUGAGGGAGCUUCUUGUGCAGAAGAAGCAGGCAUUAGAUGCUCGCUAUACAAUGGAUCCUGUACUUCCAUAUAAAUGUUCAGUUGUACAGAAUAAAGAGGUACCACAGGCUACUGGACUAGCUCCUACCGUUGUCAUUAACUUAGAGGAUGAUGAUGAUGAUGAUGAUGGAAGUAGUGCUGCUGUCAAACAGUUUGUUCCAUCUGCACAGCUCCUCUCUUCGUCUGAGCCUGUUUUUAUCGAUUUGGACGAUGAAGAAGAAAUAAGUGAGAAUCAUUUAUGUUCCUACCGAGGAUUUGAGUUGAAGAAGUCUGUUGACAACCUACUUAUGGAGGACUUUGUGGAAAGGGACGAUAUUAAAACUCAACAUUCUAGAGGAGAUGGAUAUCCUGCUGGUGAAUAUGAAUUCUUUAACAAUCCGUUGCAGGAACGGGACGAUAUUGAAACUCAACAUUCUAGAGGAGAUGGAUAUCUUGCUAGUGAAUAUGAACUCGUUAACAAUCAGUUGCAGGAACUGGACCAUAUUGAACCUCAAAGUUCAAGAGGCGAUGCAUGUUUUACUGGUGAUAAUGAAAUGAUUAAUAAUCAGUUUCUGGAAGGGGGCUAUGUAGAAACUCAAAGUUUUAGAGGAGAUGGAUAUCAUGCAGGUAAAAAUGAACUAAUUAACAAUCACCUGCAGAAAUGUGGCUAUGUCGAAACUCAAAGUUCUAGAGGAGAUGGAUAUCUUGCUGGUGAAAAGAAACUGAUUAACAAUCAGUUGCAGGAACGGGAAUACGUUGAAACUCAAAGUUCAAGAGGAGAUGCAUAUUUUGCUGAUAAAAAUGAAUUGAUUAACAAUCAGUUGCAGGAAAGGGACUAUGUUCUAACUCAAAAUUCAAGAGGAGAUCCAUAUAUCGAUGGCGCAAAUGAACAUAUUAACAAUCAGUUGCAAGAAAUGAACCAUGUUGAAAUUCAAUGUUCAAGAGGAGACACAUAUAUUGCUGGUGAAAAUGAACUGAUUAACAAUCAGUUGCAGGAACCGGACAAUGUUGAAACUCAAAGUUCAAGAGGAGAUGCAUAUCUUUCUGGUGAAAAUGAACUGAUUAAUGAUAAAGGUGUAUAUGUCGGCACAGAGGACGACUUCGAAAUCAAGGAAGGGGAUAGACAGUCAGACACCUCUUCUGAUUGUCUGGCUGGUAUUUGGAAUGAGAUGACAGUUGCAUUAGAGUGUUCAAAGGAUUUUGCUGCAGAUCCUCUAUUGGAUGAAAGUGAAGCUGAGACCAGAGGAGACUGCGAACAUUCCUUUAUAAUGAAAGAUGAUAUCGGUGAGGUUUGCCGCAUAUGUGGAAUCAUAGGGAGAAGGAUUGAUACAAUUAUUGAGUACAAUUUCUCGAAGGGUACGAAGAGUACAAGAACUUACAGAUAUGAAGGACGGACUACCAAUGACCUGGACCAAACUGGAAUCCUUCCUGAUGGGUUUAAACCAUCUGCUACUGAUUUCUCUGUUGUUGACAUUUACCCACAUCCACGGCACAGAAGGGAGAUGAAGCCCCAUCAAGUUGAGGGAUUUAAUUUUCUUGCAAGCAAUCUGAUGACGGAUAAUCCGGGUGGAUGUAUUAUGGCUCAUGCACCUGGUUCGGGAAAAACCUUCAUGAUAAUCAGUUUCCUCCAGAGCUUCAUGGCCAAAUAUCCAUUUGCAAGACCACUUGUUGUGCUACCAAGGGGGAUUUUGGCAACCUGGAAGAAAGAGUUCCUUAGAUGGCAAGUGGAAGACUUGCCUCUAUACGAUUUGUACUCGGUUAAAGCAGAUAGCAGAUCUCAACAACUGCAAGUUUUAAGUGAUUGGGCAAAGGAGAGGAGCAUUUUGUUCUUGGGGUAUAAGCAGUUCUCUUCCAUUGUGUGUGACAGUGGUAAUGGCCAAGCUGCUAUAUCUUGCCAAGAGAUAUUGCUGAAGUGUCCUACUAUUCUAAUUCUGGAUGAAGGGCACACUCCAAGAAACCAGGACACGGAUAUUUUGACCUCCCUCGAGAACGUUCAGACACCGUUAAAGGUGGUUCUCUCUGGAACACUGUACCAAAACUAUGUCAAAGAAGUCUUCAAUAUUCUAAAUCUGGUUCGUCCUAGGUUUCUGAAACUGGAGACUUCUAAAGCAAUCAAAAGGCGAAUCUUGAGCAGGGCAGAAAUUUCAAGUACAAGGAGCUUGCCGAAAAAGGUCACAGAAAAUGAUUUCUAUGAUUUAAUAGAGCACACAAUAUCAAAAGAUGCUAACUUAAUGAGGAAGAUGACUGUAAUACGAGAUCUGAGGGAAAUGACAAGAAAAGUUUUACACUACUACAAGGGAGACAACUUGGAUGAACUUCCAGGUCUCGUUGAUUUCUCUGUCUUUCUUCAGCUCAGCCCCAAGCAACAAACUGAAGUUCAAGAGCUUAGAAACAUAGGCAGAAAGUUCAAAAUAAAUUCAGAAGGAAGUGCAAUUUAUGUUCAUCCACGGUUGAAGAAUUUCUCAAAGAAUUCUGGGGUGAGAGACAGAGUUGAUGAGGAGAAAGUUGAUUCAAUUUUGAAGAAACUUGAUCUGAGAGAAGGUGUGAAGGCAAAAUUCUAUCUGAAUCUUCUCCAGCUUUGUGAAUCUAGUGGUGAGAAGCUUUUGGUCUUCAGUCAGUAUCUCCUGCCUCUUAAAUUCUUGCAGAGACUUAGUGUAAAAGUGAAGGGUUAUCGUCUUGGCAAGGAAAUGUUCAUGAUAACUGGCGAUUCAAAUUCUGAGACGAGGGAGACUUCUAUGGAGAGAUUCAACAAUUCAUCAGAUGCUCGUGUGUUCUUUGGUUCGAUCAAAGCCUGCGGUGAAGGGAUAUCUCUUGUCGGGGCUUCGCGUAUUAUUAUAUUGGACGUUCAUUUGAACCCAUCAGUAACCCGCCAAGCAAUAGGACGUGCAUUUCGACCUGGCCAGAUGAAGAAGGUAUACACAUACAGAUUGGUUGCUUCCAACUCGCCAGAAGAGGAUGAUCACAUAACAUGCUUUAAAAAGGAAUCCCUUGCAAAGAUGUGGUUCGAAUGGGAUGAAUAUAAUAGGCACCAAAAUUUUGAAAUGGAGACUAUAAAUGUGAAAGAUUGUGGGGAUUUGUUUUUGGAAAGUGAACAACUGAAUGAAGAUGUCAUUGUUCUCUUCAAAAGGUAAAUGAUGACAAAAUUCUGAGGUUCAUCGAGGAAUAGUCUAUCCUGGUCAUGGAACUCGAGAUGAAUUUCUUUGCCACAGAAAUUGUCGAAUUGAUCUUGGAAAGGUAGAAGGUUGCAACUGAGAAUGAGAUCACUUCAGUUUCUACAUCUUUGAAUUUUCUUGUUUCGUUCUGUGCAGCAGGCUGGACAUAAUCUAAAGCAGAUGCUGUGAAUACAAACUUCAGAUUAUAUGUUUGCAAGCUACUUCAUAUUAACUUGCUUAUAGAGUUUUCUUAUAUUAUUU